UGUCAGCCGCUUGACUGGGGACGGGCUUUCCUUACGGCGGAGCUUGCAGUCCUUCUAGUGGUCGUCAUCGCCGUCUCCUCGGAGCGUGGGUCCCAGAUCCUGAACGAUUGUGGCCGACGCGGUGUUUCCCGGUCCUUCCAGAUGCUGUCUGGCGAGAUCGGACGGUGAGCCCGAUGGGGAGAGCGUGAGGCACUGUGGGGUCGAAGGUCUGAGGCCGAGAGCAGGCGGAGAUCAAGAGAUCCUCGGAGACCCCAAACAACCGCCGCCGCGGCCCUAAGUUCCCGGCCACGGAGAGGAGGCGGUAGCCCGGCCCUCUGGCCAGUUUACAGAUAUGAUCCAGACCUGCACAUGAAUGACUUUUGGUUAGUCAGAGUGAACAUUCAAUAAUGAGUGGUGCAGCUUUGGGACUUGAGAUUGUUUUUGUCUUUUUUCUGGCAUUGUUCCUACUUCAUCGAUAUGGAGACUUUAAGAAGCAGCAUAGACUUGUAAUUAUUGGAACACUGCUAGCUUGGUAUCUCUGCUUUCUUAUCGUCUUCAUACUGCCUCUGGAUGUUAGUACGACAAUAUACAACCGGUGUAAGCAUGCCGCUGCAAACUCAAGCCCUCCUGAGAACAGCAACAUUACAGGAUUCCACGCAACUGCUACCCCGGUUCCAAGCCGACAUCCAUGUUUCAAGCCAUGGAGUUACAUUCCUGACGGAAUCAUGCCAAUUUUCUGGAGGGUAGUAUAUUGGACAUCACAAUUUUUAACAUGGAUUCUGUUACCUUUUAUGCAGUCCUAUGCAAGAUCCGGAGGGUUUUCCAUCACCGGGAAGAUCAAAACCGCACUGAUUGAGAAUGCGAUCUAUUAUGGCACCUAUUUGCUGAUUUUUGGAGCAUUUUUAAUAUAUGUAGCUGUAAACCCACAUUUGCACUUAGAAUGGAACCAGCUUCAGACAAUUGGAAUAGCUGCUGCAAAUACAUGGGGCCUGUUUCUCCUCGUGUUGUUGUUGGGAUACGGUUUGGUAGAAAUUCCUCGGUCGUACUGGAAUGGAGCAAAAAGAGGUUAUCUACUUAUGAAAACGUAUUUUAAGGCAGCCAAACUGAUGACAGAAAAAGCAGAUGCAGAAGAGACUUUAGAAGAUGUCAUGGAGGAGGUUCGUAAAGUGAAUGAAAGCAUCAAGUAUAAUCACCCAUUGAGAAAAUGCGUUGACACGAUACUUAAAAAGUGCCCUACAGAGUAUCAGGAAAAAAUGGGUAGGAACAUGGAUGAUUAUGAAGAUUUUGAUGAAAAGCAGAAUACCUACCCAAGUGAAAAAAGUCUGGUAAAACUACAUAAACAGGUGAUUUAUUCAGUUCAGAGGCACCGUCGAACUCAAGUACAAUGGCAGAUUCUUUUGGAACAAGCAUUUUAUCUAGAAGAUGUAGCAAAAAAUGAAACUAGUGCUACUCGUCAGUUUGUUCACACCUUUCAGUCACCAGAGCCAGAAAAUAAAUUUAUCCAAUAUUUUUAUAAUCCUACAGUUGAAUGGUACUGGGAAUGUCUUUUGAGACCGUGGUUUUAUAGGAUACUUGCAGUGGUUUUGUCCAUCUUCUCUGUGAUUGUCGUGUGGUCAGAAUGCACAUUCUUUAGCACUACACCUGUCUUAUCCCUCUUUGCAGUCUUCAUACAGCUGGCUGAAAAAACAUACAAUUAUAUUUAUAUAGAGAUUGCUUGCUUCCUUUCCAUCUUCUUUCUGAGUAUCUGCGUUUAUUCUACUGUGUUCAGGAUUCGUGUCUUUAACUAUUAUUACUUGGCUUCACAUCACCAGACUGAUGCUUACAGCCUUCUCUUCAGUGGCAUGUUAUUUUGCCGUUUGACUCCUCCUUUAUGUCUUAAUUUCCUGGGUUUGACCCAUAUGGACUCAUCCAUCUCUCACCAGAAUACACAGCCAACUGCUUAUACAUCUAUUAUGGGUUCCAUGAAAGUUUUAUCCUUUAUUGCAGAUGGAUUCUAUAUAUAUUAUCCUAUGUUGGUGGUAAUUCUCUGCAUUGCUACUUACUUUAGUUUGGGAACUCGUUGUUUGAAUCUACUUGGUUUCCAGCAGUUCAUGGGAGAUAAUGAUAUGACAUCAGACUUGGUUGAUGAAGGAAAAGAAUUAAUCAGACGAGAGAAGAGAAAAAGGCAAAGGCAAGAAGAAGGUGAAAAUCGAAGAAGAGAAUGGAAAGAACGUUACGGACACAAUAGAGAAGACUCCACUAGAAACAGAAAUCUUCAUGUUGACCCAAAAGAAUCAAAUCUCUCAGAUAUUAGUACCAACCGAUCAGCAUCCAAAUAUACCAGGGCUAAUAACAGGACUGAAAGGGACCGAAUAGAGCUCCUCCAAGAUGUAGAACCUUUGGAUUUUAAUGCAGAAACAUUCACUGAUGAUCCUCUUGAAUCUGAGCCAGGAAGGUAUCAGCCUGGUGGACGAUACCUCUCUAUGUCUCACAGCAGAAUAUUUGAUGAUGUUUAAAGUCUGAAAGAAUUUAUGGAACAACUAACCAAGAUCAACACACCAUUUCAGUCUUUACGGACAUAUGUAUGCCCCAGGAUUUACACUGUACUCUUAAUGAAAAGUGUCAGGACAAAAAUGGCACUGAAAGUUAAUCACAUCUCAGUAAUCAUAGUUUAUUGCCCUUGAGUAGAAUGUCAUCUUUUCUCGUAGGAUUUAUUACCAUUCCUGAAGUGUCUGCCUCAGAAGUACAGGUGUAAUGGAAGGAUUCAGUUCUGGAUAAAAACCAGUACAUGUUGAGAAUAUGUAGUACAGUUUAUUUCAGGUUAGUUUUUUUUCAGGAAAGUUGUUUUAAAGGUCCAGAAAAGCUGUAAGUCAUGACUAAAUAACAUGAUAAGUUUUAUUACUGUGAUUUACAUUUUUGCUGUUUCUAAAGCUUAUGUUAAUCCUGUAUUUCCCAAAGAGAUAGAGACCACAAAUAAUGGCAUUUACAAAACCCAUGUCUUAAAACAAGGCUUACUUACCAGACAUAACUGAAUGUAGAAAGCUCUUUUUCAACUAUAUAUGCAAAUUUGUGGGGGGUUUGCAUGUAUAAUUAAGAUUAUACUUCAAUUGACAGUGUUGGUAUCUUUAGCAUGUGUACUAUAAUCGGGUGAUGUAUUAUUCUUUCAGUCUUUGGCAGUAACUGGAAAUUACGCUUUUGGUAUUGCUUUGUAAAAGAUUUUCAUUUCAGGGAGAAAUGUUCACCUUUAUCAUUUAGCAUAUUGACUUACGUGUUGAUCAUUCUGCUCAAGGAGAAUCUGAAGCAUUAACGGUAAAUAGAAGGUGUUUGGUUUUUUUUUUUUUAAAGAGCCAAAGAGCCCCAUAAAAUUCUCUAAUUUUUAAAGGUGGCUAUUUAUGCUUUUUGGAAAAUAACAUUUGGUUAUUAAAAGGUAAAAAAAAAUACUGUUAUUAUUAACACCUAAAUUAUGGUUAAUAUUUCAAUUUUUUAAAUUUGUUUUUGAGAGAGAGAGAGAGAGCAUAAGCAGGGGAGGGGCAGAGAGAGAGAG